AUACUGUAACUUCCAAAUUGGUAAAAGUUGGCAUGAAAAUGCAUGUAACGACACAAGGUAACAUAUUAAAGAAAAGUAAAACACUAAGCACACAUAUAUGCACACACACGUACAGAGAAACACAUUACACAGGACAUAACUUUCCAAUGGAGAUGAAGCUAUGGGUCUCUUUAAUCGUGGUAUCUGCCAUUACGACCACAGCUUUGGGGGACUUUGGAGGAGCAUUAGUGAAAGGUUUCUACAAAGAGAGUUGCCCAUUAGCAGAAGAAAUCGUCAAGCACAACGUUGAGGUUGCUGUUCUCAAAGAUCCUCGCAUGGCCGCUUCUCUUCUCCGUCUUCAGUUCCACGACUGCUUUGUCUUGGGUUGUGAUGCGUCUGUGCUCUUGGAUACACAUGGAGAUAUAUUGAGUGAGAAACAAGCAACUCCAAACGUGAACUCUUUGCGUGGGUUUGAAGUUAUCGAUUACAUAAAGUACCUCCUUGAAGAAGCUUGUCCUUUAACCGUCUCUUGUUCCGACAUCAUCACCAUGGCAGCUCGUGACUCCGUCUUCCUGAGAGGUGGACCAUGGUGGGAAGUUUACUUAGGGAGAAGAGACUCCAUCAAGGCCAGCUUCGCCGGCGCAAACCAAUACAUCCCCGCACCAAACACUUCUCUCGAAGGCCUCAUCAUAAACUUCAAGCAACAAGGUCUGGACAUUCAAGACCUCAUAGCUCUUUCAGGCGCUCAUACGAUAGGUAACGCGAGAUGCGUGAGCUUCAAGCAACGCAUUAAUCAACCAAACAUGUUGCAAACAUUCUACGUCGAUGAAUUCAAAAGACACAGCACGUUCAGGCGAAUCCUACGGUCACAGUGCAAAGACUCUAGCCGAGACAACGAACUGUCACCGUUGGAUAUACAGACUCCUGCUUACUUUGAUAACCAUUAUUACAUCAAUCUUUUGAAGGGAAGAGGGUUGUUGAUUUCGGAUAACGUUUUGGUUAGUGAAGAUCAUGAAGGAGAGGUAUUCAGGAAGGUUUGGGAAUAUGCGGUGAAUCAAGAGCUCUUCUUUCUGGAUUUUGUGGAAUCUAUGUUGAAAAUGGCUAAUAUCAAUGUUCUUACUGGUAUUGAAGGAGAGAUUAGGGAGAGUUGUAGAUUUGUUAAUAUUUGAAUAAAAGGACUAAACAAUCCAAUUGAUAUUGGAACUCAUGUGGCCUUGCAUAUUUUACAAAUUUGCCAAGAUUAUUUGGUUAACGGAUUUUUCAUUGAUCAAAGGAUCCUUAAACGAACAACAUAGAAGUUCAUGUGGACAUGCUCAAGUGGCAAUAUUAUUUUCUAGUUACAUUUAUGGCAUUAUUUCACCUAAUCAAUCCAUUUUUUCAGCAACUCUACUACUCAAUUCAAAAUUUUAGUCUCCACUCAAAGAAUUUAAAAGGGGAAAGUAGCAUGAAAAAACCAUGAAUUUGACAAAAAAUUGCACUUUAAACCUUGAAAUUCAACUAUUAACACUUUAAGCAAUGAAACUUGUUUCAAUAUAUACUCCCUCUGUUUUUUAAAGAUGGAUGUUCUAGGAAAAUAUUUUGUUUCUAAAAGAUGUAUUUUUCAUGUUUUCAAAGCAUAUUUUGUCAAUUAAUAAUGAAAAAUUGUGUGUUUCAAAAAUAUUAAUUACAUUUCUUUUAAUCCUAUUGGUUUAAAAAUAUAGGAAAUAUAAAGUUACAAAAAACUAUGCAUUAAUAACUAAGUUUUAAUAUGGUUUCUUAAUAAGUGUGAAAAUCCUAGAACAUUCAUCUUUAAAAAACAGAGGGAGUAUUAAACUUCAAAAUUAACUUUCUUUGUUUCACACGUCAAAACUGUGACCAGUUACUACUCAUUACUCAUUCUGUUUCAAAUAACUUGUCAUUCUAAAAUAAAAUUUUUGUUUUAAAAUAAGUGUCAUUUUCGGUUUUCAAUACAAAAUUAUUGAAAAUAUUUCUACUAUAUAUUUUUUACCAAUUGAUAUAUGGUUAGGUGUAUUGGUAAAAGUGCUUCUACUUU